GACAGAGACGGACCAAAAAGAAAAGUAAAAAAAAAAAAACACGUUGGCACCAUUUCCGGUCUUCUAUUAUAGAGCCGCUCUGUAAAACUAAGAUAUCCUCGAAUUCCGAUUCUGCCCUUGACCAUUUCCCACAACACCGGUUCUCCGGUCCCCUUCAUCCCACCCAUGGCUCCGGCGACCUCUUCCUCCUCGGCUAAACGGCUCAUCCGCUUUAGCGGCUCGCUCCGACGAACUGAGGCUCCACGCCUGCCGUCUUCGCCACUGUCCCCGACGCCGAAGAAGCUCAAGUCGAUGGAAGAGGUAAUGGCGAGGGCCCGGUACGCCGUGGUGGAUCAAGCUGACUAUGGCAGCGUCGGCUGCGAGCAAUGCGGCUCCGGCGACCGUCCCGACGAGCUUCUCCUAUGCGACAAGUGCGACAAAGGCUUCCACAUGAAAUGCGUGCGCCCGAUCGUCGUAAGAGUUCCCAUCGGAUCCUGGCUUUGCCCCAAGUGCUCUGACCGCAGAAGAGUAAGAAGCUUUUCUCAGAAAAAGAUUAUCGAUUUCUUUCGGAUUCAGAAGUGCUGUGAUAAGAAAGACAAAUUUUCGUCACCUCUAGAUGCUAGGAAGCGCAGGAGACGUUCAGGAUCAUUGGUUUUGCACAAGAAAAGGAGGAGACUGUUACCAUAUAUUCCAUCAGAAGAUCCUGCCCGAAGGCUGAAACAAAUGGGUUGCCUUGCUUCUGCCUUAACAGCACUGCAGAUGGAAUUCAGUGAUGAUCUCACUUACAUGCCUCACAUGGCUCCUAGAUCAGCAAAUCAGGCGAAGUUUGAAAGUGGUGGAAUGCAGGUUCUAUCCAAAGAAGAUACCGAGACCUUGGAGCAGUGCAGAGCUAUGUGUAAAAGAGGCGAAUGCCCUCCCCUUAUUGUAGUUUUUGAUUCAUGUGAAGGUUUUACAGUAGAGGCUGAUGGUCAGAUUAAGGAUAUGACAUUUAUUGCUGAGUACACAGGCGACGUGGAUUAUCUUAAGAACCGGGAACAUGAUGAUUGUGAUAGUAUGAUGACCCUUAUCUUGGCAACCGACCCAUCUAAAAGUCUGCUUGUUUGCCCUGAUAAACGUGGGAACAUUGCACGCUUUAUCAAUGGCAUUAACAAUCACACUCUGGAAGGUAGGAAGAAGCAGAAUUGUAAAUGUGUGAGAUACAGUGUUAAUGGUGAAUGCCGAGUCUUUUUGGUUGCUACUCGUGAUAUAGCUCAGGGCGAAAGGCUAUAUUAUGAUUAUAACGGAUAUGAGCAUGAAUACCCUACUCACCAUUUUGUCUGAGAUAUCAUAGAGAUAUUGCUGUCUAACAAUCCUACAAAAAAUGGGAUGUAAUUAUGGAUCCCAAUAGAUCCUUUCCUUUUGCCAUUUUUUCAAAGCUUACUCAUUGUUUUUUUGUUUUUUUUUUUCAGAGCAACAGUUUUCUUCCAAAAUUAGUCAUGGGCUAUUCAUUGUAAUUUUUGAUGUAAAGCGGGCCCAUUAUGUGGCCAUGAGAGACAUAGAGUAGGCAAGGAAGAUUUACCUUGAACUCGGCAUGUGGAGAAAAUUAGAUGCCUUGGAAAUAUAUUUAGGAGGAAAUGCCUUUGUAAUACAGUUUUCAAUGAAAAUUUUUACCUUUUUGCUCACUGUAUGAUUUUCAUUUCAUUGCUAUCAAGUUAGUUUAUGGAUAACAUGUAUCCUUUAUCUUUCCUCUCUCUUUUUGUUUUUAUCUUCACUCCCCUCAGUAGAAAGUAAAAUGUCUGCUUGAGAUGCUAACCCAUUACCACCAGAGAUAUGUGUAAGAAUAAUGUGAAAAGAACUGUUAUUAUUAAAUCCUUUCCAAUUAGGUGACGCAGAUUCUUGCAGUCACAAAGCAAAGGUGAUGCAAUUUGAUCCUUCAUAUUGAUAUGACGUAUUGGCACGUGUCUUUGGAAUUGUAUUCAGUGUGUUAUUGCAGAGAUCUUUACUUUUUCAUCAUCAGGUCAUGCUGGUGUGGGCUUCUCAUAACAUAUUAAAAAGGUGAAAACUUUCCCCUGAUUAAACCAUGCUUUUAUCUGAACUGUUCUUUGUCGGAGGUCUUCUGGAGGUUAUGCUUUCUACUUAUGGCUUCCAUUGAUUGCUUUAGUCUUUUUAUACAAUUGUUCUUCACUUGUCAUCACACUACAAUUUUUAUGGUUGUUGCUGGUUUAGGGCCAGUGUGAUUCACGUGUAAGCAACAAACAUAUAGUACUGAUCAUAAAAAAAAAAGAGAUAUUGUACUGCACAACACCCCUUUUCUUCUUUUUGGUAUCUCAGGCUGCACUAGAGUGAAUGUAGGCUCUUCUUUUGUUGGAAUCAGUCUAAAAUCCAUGGACGUAACUCCGUUUUUUGGUGGUCUUUGUGAGAGAUCUUGUGACAUUACUUCUGAUCUGGUUUCUUGGGCCAUUGCAUCUAUUAUCUGUUACUGUUUCCACUUAUUAAAAAAAAAAAAAAUUAUCUGUUACUGUUUCCAGUUUUCUGCUUUGGGUUAUUUGUAAAAUCCGUUGUGUGCUUUAUGUUGAAUCUAGGAGAUAGUUUGGUACCUUGUUGCUUGUUUUGGAUGCCGAGGCUUAUAAAUCCAAGCUUUUGUAAUUCAUUGGACUACAAUUGCUUAAAUUAUCAUUUGCUUUAGUUGUCUACACCCACUUGACAGUUUCUUUUUCUUUUGUUUUUCAGCAAAGAGACUUCAAUGUGGAGUCUCAGAAGCCCCAAAGACAGCAUAGGUAACACCUAAACUAUAUCCUUGCUUUCUACUGCACAGCAGAAAUGUGGAAAACCAAAUCCCAUGCCCUCUGCAGUGUGGGCUUAAAAUAUCUGUACGAGUUAGUGUGACAUGUGAUGUAGUAGUAGUGUGAACCUUAAGAAGAUCCAGCGAACUGCAAUUGGGCUUAUGUGAAGGAAUGAGUUGCUCAAAUCAAUUAUGACAUCAGAUUCAGUUAGGGAAUGAAGUAAUAGUACUACUUCCUUGCUGAUGAGCUUGCCAUUGAAUGUAUACGGCCUGGAGGAAUAUUUAUUAAAUUAGUGGUCAUUGGAACAGUGAUACUACUCCUGGUGGGUUUUGUAUGAUUCAAAGCCUCUUGAUGUAAAGUGACGAAUAUUUUGUCUCCUUGGGUUGAAGAUUUGAUUUUAUGCUUUUCAUUGGUUCUCUUUUUCUCCAAGACAAAAGAAGGGUAAUUUCUUGUAUCCCUUCAUAUUUUCUAAGGAUAUGGGCGGAGGAGAUGGAAUGGCAUCUCUGACUUCCAAAGUUAGACAGCAUUGUUCUAGAAACACAAAGGUGAGUUGGUUUUAGUUUUUAUCCCAGGAAAUGCAUAGUAUGUGCUUCUGCACACGAAGGUUCUGAGAGAGGCCAUUGAUGGUGACUAAUCAAUCUGGCAUUCCAAUUCUCCACAGGGUUUAAUAAUUUGCACUAGACAUAUUAGUUUCAAUAGGUUACUUUUUCUAGGUGACUGCAAGGUCAACAACUGGAUCUCAUAGUGCAGCUCUUUCUUUGUGCCAUCACAGUGAAUUUGUUCUUUAUUUGUUUGAUAGUUUGUAAGUAAAAUUUUAUAUUA